AUGCGCGGCUUUUUCCAUUUUCUGGCCAUCGCUGGCAUUGUUGUCGCCCAGGACAACUACACCUCACAAGCGCUCAAGACUCCAAGCCCUUCGGCCACACCAGAACCACUGUUUUCUGUGGCAGGUGGAGGCGGCUACCCAACUUGCAAAGCGACAACAAUCACCAAAUGGCAGGAUAAGCCAUAUACGUUGACUGUUCCAGCAUCAACCGUGACAGUCAUCAAGUCCGCGCCCGGGAAAACCAUCACGACUACUUGUACUGAGACCAAGUACAAUACCAAGACCCAGACUUCGACAAGUACCUGCACGGUCACCGAAACAACAACCAAACCAGGCGUCAACGUCACCACAACCACAACGGUCUACAAGACCAUUCCGGCCUACCAAACUAUUACAGGGCCUGGAAUACCUGGCCAAAACUUCACUAUCACCGAAACGACUACAUGCACGAGUACUCUUACCUCAACUAAAUGGAGUACAACGACUUGCACCACCACCGAAACCCUGACUGUAUCAAAAGACAUCACGAUCUCUGGCUCACAUAUAUACACCACUAUACCCGGUCCUACGGUCACUUUGAACAAUACAAUCACGAAAACGGAUCUCCAAACCUCCACCUACACUGUCACUGCUAUCAGCCUUGUACCAACGACGGCUGUCGAGACAUGGCGCACGACCGAUGUAGAAACUUUCCGCACGACGGACUUGGUUACUUUCCACACAACAGACUGGUCGACUUUCGUCAGCACUUCCACUACUACGUACACGACUUACAUCACGAGCUUCAUCACUACGAGCUACCCGGUCACUAUUGACCACACAUACGUGUCCUGGAAGACCUCAUACAUAACCACUGUGGAAACUCUCACCUCGACCGUUUCUUUCCCGGUCACGCAGACGAUCGAAGGGCCUACCCAGACAGUAAUGACACCUGGACCCACGAAAGAGGUAACCAGGGAGAUAUCUGUACCCGGCCCCGUUGAGACAAAAGAAGUCACCAAGGACGUGACCAAAGAAAUUUCAGUUCCAGGACCCGUUGAGACCAUUCGAACUACAGAAUGGAGCACCUACAGGACCACAGAAGUGUCUGUAAGCACCACGACUUAUUCAACUGUAUUCACUUCCUACAUCACGUCCUGGUACUCGACCACAUACACGCAGCCAGGCGCCACAAUAACGUCUUGGGCGACAACCAUUAUUACCGUCCUGGUUCCUACGACGACAACGGAGCGAAUCUCAUUCACUCAGACGGUCGACAAGACGAUACAGACGCCGGGCCCCACUCAGACAGUGGAAAAGACCAUCCAGACGCCCGGUCCUACCCAAACUGUUGCAGGACCAACUUCCGAGAAGACUGUCGAGGUCACAAAGGUGUCGAUUGAAACCCGAUUAAGCGUUGAAACCCAGCUUAGUAUCCAAACGGAGCUCAGCUACAUCACAACUACCAGCAUAAGCACGACGACGAGUUUGCAGACCACAACCACAACAUCUUACAUUACGACCGUCAUUCCCACCGAGAUUCCCGGGCCUGAGACAACAUACACCUCCUACAUCACGAGUUACAUUCCCGUUGUGGUCACUCAAACGACGACUAUAGUUUCGUCUUUCCCCGUAACGCAAUUGGUGCCUGGACCUACUCUGACGGUCCCUACGACAGUUCGCACUACCGAGACUCAAUUGAGUGUGCAGACUUCUUACGUCACUACUGAGCGAUUAGUUACCAUCACUUCCUGGAGCACAUCGUAUAUCCCAACUACAAUCACAGUACCUGGACCUACUAUCACACUCUCUGGGAGCGUAAUUACCCAGCCAGCGUCCACUGUAACCUCUUACAUCACCUCAUACAUAUCUACUACAUUUUUCUCAACGACUACGGAGACAUACCUCUCUCUCAUCCCCACGACCGUUCCUACGACUGUACCGGGCCCCACCGUCAUUCAAACUUUCGUUAGCUUGAGUACUGUGCUAGUUCCUGUCACUUCUAUAAGCACAUCGUACAUUCCGACAACACUUACGACCACGGUGUCAGGUGAUCCCACCACAAUUACCAGCGUGGUUCCGACGACGAUCUCCGUGGUGAGCACGUCCACGCAGGUGCUUUCGUUCACGCAGACAGUCUCAUCAAUUGAGACCGUUCCGGGGCCGACUUCCAUACAAACCAUUGAAGGACCGACAUCGGUGCAGACACUUGAAGUUACACGUGUCGAGAUUUCUGUAGUGACUAGCACGCUCGUGCAGACUUCUACGGUCGUCAGCGUGUCGACCUCCGUCUCAACUUCUCUUUCGACCAUCGUACUUCCGCCAUCAACCACCGUUCUUACCUCAACUGUGCCGGGCCCUACUCAAGUCUCAACCAUACAGCUUCCUCCAGAAACCAUAUUCACGACAAUUACAAGUACAACAAUUGUUCCUCCAGUCAUGAGCACUAUCACAAUUCCAGGAGCAAUCCAAACCUCGGUCAUUACGAUACCAGCGAGUACAUUCACGACAAGCUUCUUGUCAACUAUUACAGUUUCGGGUCAGGUCACUACGAGUACUUUUACGCAACCAGGAUCUACGCAAGUCAUCACCACGCAAGUCCCAGCCUCUACCAUUGUCUCAACUAUCCUCUCUUCAGUCUUCGUCACCACUACUGAGCUUGUGCCUACGACUAUUGUCCAGACAUUGACACCUGGCGUAACAUCCUCGCCCAGCACGAGCUCCAUCGUGCCAGCGUCGAUCUCCUGCGCGAGCAGCUGCCAGAUCGACGUCACAGCAACUCGCCUUGUAUAUCCUGGAACUGUGGUGGUGUCAACAAUCACUCGUCCGCUCGUUACAGUAGAUAUAUAUGUGGAUGAUACCGGAAACGAUGUCAGCAGCAGCACCCGUACUGGCACGCUUCCGCCGCCUACUCAGACGAUAACUUGGAUAUUUGAGGAAGUCACUUUGACGUGGCCAACGGUAUACGCCGCAUAUGCAACGUUUAGUCACAUCUCCGUGGAGCCAAUUGGAGCUCAAUGCAUCAGCGAAACUUUCAGCCUUAAUCUGCCAUCGCCAACAAACUAUACGCCUCUCAUUCUUCCGGAGACUGAUAUUCCAACCCCGACACUUGUGGCACCAACUGUCGUGGAUUAUCUCAACAGCCUACCAACUGUGCUUGCUCAGCUCGGUCAAUCAAUUGGGGAGAGUGCCUGCGAUCCUAUUGUUGGUGGUCGGACAGAAAAAAGCACCAGGACUGAAGGUUCUACUACUUAUCUGACCACCGAAGGCGACAUCGGACAGACCACCACAAAUCGCAUCCCAACAGCCCAAGCUCAAGUUACUGAACCUGGCUCUUCAGAGGCGACGGCAACGCCAGGAUCGACGGGUGCUGCGCCGACAAGUGUGCCUCCCUCAGAACAACCGAGCUCAAGUAACGCCCCCUCUUCCUCUCCAAUUCCGUCUUCUACUGCGACACAGGAAUCCAGCCGUGAGACUGUGGAGCCCAGCAGUGCGACCCAGGAGCCGAGCAGCACGACUCUGGAGCCUUCUCCAAAUGAGUCCCCGCAGCCAUCUUCCAGUCAGCCGUCUACGCCCACCAGUUCCGCUGUUCCGUCGUCAAGUGUCGCACCAUCUCCAAGUAGUGCCGCUGACUCCUCAGCAGGCUCAGUCUUAUCUUCGGCCACUCUCGCUCCCACAUCUUCAUCUGCAGCUUCAGUCUCUUCACUCGUAGCUCCUGAGUCGUCAGCGCCAGCUUCGCCCUCAUCCUCUGUUUUGGACGUCACUUCUGAGGACUCGAGCACCAUCGAGAGCAGUACAGCUGAGGCCGAGAUAUCAUCCGCAACAGCACCUCCUCCCCCAAUCUCCUCCAUCCGCUCUACCAAAACGACUACGUUCUCAGACGGCACAGCAUCAGGCAUUCGCCCCAGCUCGAGCGUUCUGGAUUACACUGGUGGUGCACCACUACCAACAGCCAUAGCAGGUUGGCUGAUUGGAGCCGCAGGUAUUGGCCUUGGCUUGUUCUAG